ACACCGACUUCAAUAUGUCUGAGCUGUAAUCACAGACACGAGAAUUUUGAAUAAGAAAAAACAGACAGAUUAAAGCAGAGAGCAUCUCCUCUUUGAUGCUGGCUUCACAUCAACAAAGUUACUGAAUUUUGCUGCGAAAUUAAGUUUUGGUUGGUGUGGGAUUGAAAGGAAAGAUCUGAAAAAGCAUGGCAACCUUCGGAGGGACUACCCAGAAGUGUAAGGCAUGUGAAAAAACUGUUUACUUGGUUGAUCAACUCACUGCUGACAACAAAGUUUAUCACAAAGCUUGCUUCAGGUGCCACCAUUGCAAGGGUACCCUUAAGCUAAGUAACUAUAGCUCCUUCGAGGGUGUGUUGUAUUGCAAGCCUCACUUUGAUCAAUUGUUUAAGAUGACUGGUAGCUUGGAUAAAAGUUUUGAAGGAACCCCAAAAACUGUUAGGGUAGACCGAUCUGCAGACCAGGUCACCAACAGCAAAGUUUCAAGCCUGUUUGCUGGAACUCAAGAAAAAUGCGUGGCUUGCAAGAAAACUGUUUACCCUAUUGAAAAGGUUGCAGUUGAUGGCACUUCCUAUCAUAAGGCUUGUUUCAGGUGCACCUAUGGAGGCUGUGUGAUCAGCCCAUCAAACUAUGUAGCCCAUGAACAUCGUCCAUAUUGUAGGCAUCACCACAACCAACUGUUCAAAGAGAAGGGGAACUUCAGCCAACUUGACAAGCAUGAAGAAGUCAAGGGGGUGAGUGAGAACACUGUGGCCUAGGAAUCCUGUUUCCAAGCGUGAACCAGUUUCAACUUUUGAAGCAUAGAAGAGCUGUUUUUGGGUUUAUUUCUAUAUAGAAUGUUACAUAUUAUGUCAUUUGUCACCGGGGAGAAAUAUUCAGCAGAAGAGUUUGAGUUUUUUGAUAAAGCUUUUCGUGUGAGCUUUGAAUUGAUAUAUUAAAUAGAAAGUUGGUGUUCAGUCAUUUUCAAUAAACUAUGUUGAUAUAUCCCGAGACAUAUCCUGUUAGAUCUUUGAUUUGAAGGGCCUAAUUCUUUAAUAGCUGUCAUUUUGGUGAUCCAUGGUGCUUUUCUUUUCUAGCAAUGUUGAUGCAUUAUACAGCAUCAAAGAUUAUCAGUCAUAUAAAACUUCAGUAAUCCCCUAGGCUGGGAAUUCACAAGCAUGGUUUGAAUCAUUGAUGCAUUUCACCUGCAGAGGAGUUUGUUUUAUGGUGAAUGUCUUUUUGUUUUAUAGCAAUUCCCAAU